CCACAAGCCGGAGCUGACCACCAACUAGCACCCAUACUUACAAAGCAAGCUGGGAUUCUGGUGUACAAAAGAAAGAACAAGCAAGAAACAUGGCCACCUCGAGCAUGCUUCGGACGAUCCUCACUGUCGUCUUAUUGGCUCUCUUGCUAAGUGGAACAAAUGGCGAGCGAUGCAUCACGUCGAGCAUCCAGGUGGAGACCAUCAAUUCAGGCGUCGUGGUGUCCGGCGGCGACACGGUGUUCCAGGUGGAGCUGAAGAACUUGUGCCCGUGCGCCGUCAGGAACGUCCGCCUCGACGCCCGGGGCUUCGCCACGACAGUGGACGUUGAUCCUGCUGCGUUCCGCGCUGACGACGGAGGCGUCUACCUGGUGAACGGCGGCGAGCCAAUCCCAAGCAUGGCCACCGUAAGCUUCCAGUACGCCUGGGACCACUUCUUCCAGAUGACUCCCAGGAGCUUGGAGGUCGAUGGCCCGUGCUAAUAGCUAUUAGCAAGUUGCCUGCUCAUAAGCUGUGCCAUCUUGGAUAUAGUGUUAUUAUAAUGGAUAACUGUGUGUUAGUGUAUGGGAGAGAGAGAGAGGGGGAGAGAGAGAGAGAGAGAAGCUAAUAAUCAGUCCUGCUCAAUAAAGCUUGAGGAAACGGGUGAUCUGCUCUUCAAGAAAUGUACUGUAUAUGUCAAAAAAGGUAUGCUACCAAAUGAUCAAAGAGUUUUGAAGAGGCAGAGUUUAUACUCUUUUGUUGGAAAAUGCAUGGGAAAACAUUCCGGUCCAUGCAUUGUCUCUUGUAUGCCAUAUAAUUUCCUUUUAAA